UUUCCACCCUGACCACACCAUCAUGAAGCUGCUGGCCUUUGGUCUCCUGAGCCUUUGUCUUCAUGCCUGGAGCUCUGUGGUGACAUCUCCCCCGGGUGACACGGUGUCCCUAAACUGCUUGUACUCCAAUAACAGCAGCAGUGACGGCUCAUCGAUGUUAUGGUACAGGCAGCUCUCCGGCCGCCCCCCUGAGCCCAUACUGCAAUCCUUCAGCCCUGACGAUACGUUCAGCUAUUCUUACUUGAGGGCCGGAGAGCACUUUACACUGGAAAAAAAUCACACCUUAGUCAUCCGAAAUGUCACCCGAGAAGACGCUGCUACUUAUUACUGCUCCAAGCUGGAAACGGACAAGUGCCGCUUCGGCGACGGGAUCGAGCUGCGAGUGGACGGUGAGUUCAAUGGGUUCAAUGACAAUAAAUGCAGACCACCAAGGACUGAGCGCCACCCUAAUUAA